AUGAGGUUCGCUGAGAUUUGCGUCCACGUCGCUGCCGCUGCACUCUCACUGUCCCUUGCGACCGCACAAACCAUCGCUCAGAUCAAUGGCAACAGGUUUAUCUCACCCUACCGCAACCAGAACGUCUUCAACGUGACGGGCUUAGUCACUGCCACGGGGCCAAAUGGACUAUGGAUCCGCUCCACGACGCCAGAUUCGGACAUUCGCACCUCGGAAUCCAUCUACGUCUUCGGCAGGAUACCCAGUAGUCUCACAGUGACGGCCGGGGACGUGAUCGUCCUCGACGGACUCGUCUCCGAGUAUCGCUCCAGCGCGGCAUACCUAUACUUGACCGAGAUAACUCGCCCCACCAAUGUCCAAGUAGUGUCACGCGGCAAUCCGGUCAAGGCUGUCGUGUUAGGCAAGCAAGAUACCAGCCCACCCACGGAGCAGUACACGGUGCUCGACGAAGGUGAUGUUUUUGCCCUACCAAACAACGCAAGCCAGAUCUCGACCGCCAAUCCCGUGCUGCAACCAUGGGCAUAUGGUCUUGACUUCUGGGAGAGUCUCAGCGGGGAACUCGUUGCCGUCAGGGGCGCCUCCGCCGUCGCCAAACCAAACUCCUACAAUGAGACCUGGAUCACGGGGGACUGGAGGAAGACCGGCAAGAACAGCAGAGGUGGCUUGACCAUGACGGCCGGGGACGCCAACCCGGAAGCCAUCAUCAUCGGCGCGCCUCUGGACGGGACCGACAACCCCACCGACAUCAAGCUGGGCGACCAGCUCGCGGACGUCACGGGUGUCGUCUACCAGCAAUUCGGGUAUUACUACAUCCUGCCACUGACGGCACUCAGCGUGACUGAGUCGAUGUCGCCUACCCUCCCACCACCGGUAAGCUGGACCUCCAAGGGGAACUGCAACAAAAUCACAGUCGGGCAAUACAACGUGGAGAACCUGGCGGCCAACUCGACCCACUUGCCAUCCAUCGCCCAGCACAUCGCUUACUACCUGAACUCCCCGGACCUGGUCUUCCUCCAGGAGAUCCAAGACAACAGCGGUCCGACGGACGACGGCGUCGUCUCCGCCAACGCCACGCUCGAGGCCCUCGUCACGGCCAUCGAAGCCGCGGGCGGUGUCUCGUACGCGUACACCGACAUCGACCCCCAGAACGACCAGGACGGCGGUCAGCCAGGCGGCAACAUCCGCCCGGCAUACCUGUACAACCCUGCUGUGUUGAACCUGAAGACCAACAAUGGAAUCAACCCCACUACCCCGGGAACCGUCCUCGACGCCAACGCCGUCUACCCCGGCCCGAACCUCAAAUAUAAUCCCGGGCUCAUCGACCCGUCGAACCCCGCGUGGGAGGACUCGCGCAAACCGAUCGCCGCGCAGUGGGAGACCGUGGCAGGCGACAAGGCCACGCUCUUCACGGUAAACGUGCACUUCACCUCCAAGGGCGGCAGUUCCACCAUCGAGGGUGACCCUCGCCCGCCUGUCAACGGGGGUGUCGACCAGCGCAUCGCCCAGGCGACCGUCGUGGGUGACUUUGUGGCGCGCAUUCUCGCCGAGGAUCAGGCGGCCGCGGUUGUCGUGGCCGGGGAUUUCAACGAGUUUGCGUUCGUGGCGCCGUUGGAGACGUUCGUAAACGUGUCUGGGCUCGUCAAUCUCGAUGAUGCCGCCGGUGUUGCGGCGCAGGAACGGUACACGUAUCUGUUUGAGAUGAACAGUCAGGAACUGGACCACAUGUUUGUGAGUCCCAAGAUUGCGGGAUCGCCUGGGGGCAGGCCCGACUUGAAGCACGUCCAUGCGAAUACGUGGGUGAGUUAUGCGGAGCAGCUCUCUGAUCAUGAUCCUAGUGUGGCGAGGUUGGAUAUUUGCUAG